AUGGAGAUUCUCCGUAACAGGUCAAAUUCUUCCGAUUCUCCUAUUGAAAUUUCUCUUGAUAAGCCUGAUGAUGUUGUAACUGCUGAUAUUCCGUCUGCUGUGCCUACUGUGUCUGAUAAUGUAAAUGAGUUAUUAUCUGUGAAAUCCUCUGUGUCUGAUGAUCCCCCUUGCGUACCCUCUACAAAGCCUGAGCCUUUAAAGGAAGUUGUUGAUGUUGUGUCUGAUACGAAAGAUAAACCCUCUGAGGAGACCAACAAUCUAAGUUUGGUUGUUUACUCGUCUGAUCAUGUUGCUAUGCCUCCUUCUACGAUUGCUGAUGUCCCACAUGAAAUCUGUCCCUCUGAUAAUCUCUCUGGUUUGACUGUUGAAGUUGAGUCUGUUAAACACUCAAGCGCCCAUGCAUCUGAAAGAAUAGAUGGAGUCCCAGUCUACACCUCCUCAUCUUUGGCUGAAAGUCUUGAACAUGUCCGGCAUUUUGCUGGUUUACCUGCUGCCUCCAUUCCAGAACCAUACCGUGUGAUUCAUCCUUCUGAGUCCUCGAGUGAAGAUGAAAAGAUCUUUGUUGAAGUCUAUGGCUCACAAGCUCAUGCACCUAAGCCCUCAACUGUUGAGGCUACUGCUCAUCCUGAUUCCACCACCUUCAAAAUUAGAGAAGUCACAAAUCUUCUUGGAAGUUCUUCUGCCCAUGUUCCUGAUUCCAUUCACUCUGUGUCUCCUGUUCAUUCCCAAUCCAAGGAGACGAGAAGAUCAAAACGAAAGAAUGUUCCUGUGAAGGUUGUUGUUGAGACGGGUGAUGACAAUGCUGUUGUAAAUCAGCCUGAGAAGAGAAGAAAGUCCAGUGAGUCUAUCGAACCUGAAGCUAAUCCUCCAAUUCAACAAGUGUUCAAGACACUACGGUCGUCUGUUAAGCAAAAAGGUCCUGCUGCUGCUCAACCAGCUGUUGUCCCCACAUCCUCUACCCGAAAGGGGAAACCAACUACUCGUUCCGAGUUUGUUACAUCCACUGCUCAAGGUAAAUGGUCCACCAUGGUCAGGAGAGAUCUCAUUGUUCAACGGUCUGUUGAUGAAAACCAGAUGAAUUCAGUUUGCAACAUCCUGCCACUGCUGAGUGAAGUGGGCUUACUGAAGACUGUCUCCUCUAUCUGUCCGUAUUCGAAGCUCCUCACGUAUGAAUUCUACUGUAAUCUCAAUGAAGACAUAGACAAUCUGACUGGGCCACGGCCAAUGCAAAUCUUCAUUCGAGGUCAAUGGUACGUUUUUUGUCCUGACAUGAUUAAUGAAUACUAUGGCUUGUCAGCGGUGCACGAAGAAGCAAUCACUGGCUGGGAUUCAGUGGCCAAGACCCUAACUGGUGGACAGACUGAUACAUGGCCUUCUGGUGAUAAGGAUUAUCUACCUAGCUCUCAGCUCACCUCAAAAUAUGUCAUAUUGCAUCGUCUUGCGCUUUACAACUGGCUUCCAUCAGCUCAUUUCCAUACCGUGGGCAAGCAAUUGGCAGGUCUUUUGUUUCGAAUUGGAACAAAAAUAGUGUUUGAUUUGGGGGCCUGGAUUUAUAAUCAUAUCCUCACCUUGAUCCAUCCAUGUGAACAGAAGGUAAGGCUACCCUUCCCUAAUAUGAUCUUUGGAGUACUGACAACUCAGGGCCUUGAGCCAAUGCCAAGUGAGGUGAUAAGUCCGACUCUGCUCUAUACGGUUGACCGUCGUCUUCUGUCUGGAGACAAUAUUUGUGAUGUUACACCGGUGAUUGCUCCCUCCAAUUCUGAAGCUGAUACAGUGGCUGAUGAUUCGCCCCAUGCAAGGGAUCUCCAACUCUCUAUUCAGUUGAAGGCAAGGGUCUUUGAGCUUGAGACUGUUCAUGGCAUAAUAGCGAGGCAGCUGACAGGGGCUCGUAUUGAAUUGGCCACCGUUCUUCUUCGUUUAAGCUUGUCUGAAUCUGCUGCUGCUGAACCUGCGAAAUCUGACAGUGAGACUCCCUCCAAUGCUUGA